AAACAGUCUGUAACUAUAAAGACUAUGCUGGAAGAUUUGGGAAUGGAUGAUGAAGGUGAUGAUGACCCAGUCCCUCUUCCAAACGUCAAUGCAGCUAUCUUAAAAAAGGUGAUUCAGUGGUGCACCCAUCACAAGGAUGAUCCACCUCCUCCCGAGGAUGAUGAGAACAAAGAAAAAAGAACAGAUGACAUCCCCGUGUGGGAUCAGGAGUUUCUGAAAGUAGACCAAGGGACACUUUUUGAACUUAUCCUGGCUGCGAAUUACCUGGACAUCAAAGGUUUGCUUGAUGUCACGUGCAAGACAGUUGCAAACAUGAUCAAGGGGAAAACUCCAGAAGAAAUUCGCAAGACGUUCAAUAUUAAGAACGACUUCACUGAGGAGGAAGAAGCACAGGUACGUAAAGAGAACCAGUGGUGUGAAGAGAAGUGAAGACUUGUGCCUGACACUCGAACACUGUAAGGAUUGUUCCAAAUACUAGUUGCACUGCUCUGUUCAUAAUUGUUAAUAUUAGACAAAUGCAGCAGCAAAUGAAGUUGUGUUAGCAGGAUAUUGUUCCCUUUGCAUGUGUAGUGGUUUUUUGAGUACAAAUUUAAAUCUGAGUUUUUACUAGUGUAAUUGGAUGUCUUUUUACUUUACUCCGCAACAAAUAAAACUGAACUAAGUGUGGAUCCUCGAUGGAAAGUAGCACUUCAGGGUAUCACUUUCAUCACACGUUCUGAACUGCUCAAGCCCAGUUACAGUGCUGAGGAUUGACUCUUGUAAAUAAGAACACCUCUGACUUCUUCCUCAAGAAGAACAAAACACUUGUAUUUACAGGGUAUUGAUAGCUUUGGGAAGAAAAACAGACUAGAAUGGGGCUUGGGGAACGAGGUAAAGUGAAGAGUUACGGGAUUGCUCCCAGAAAACAUCGUGGGGCAAAUUAGGGUUACUUAGAGGUAUGGAAAUCUGAAGAUGGUUCUUGUCCUGCAGGUAAAAGAGGGGAAAAAACCAAUUUGACUGCUUUCUUGUCCUGUUAGUCUUGCCUUGUAGGCUGGUGAGAGGUGUGAGCUAGAACUAAGCCAGCUCCCGACAGCCCAGUUCAAAUACUCCACCCCUGUCUUGAAGACCUGCCUCUAGCGGGUAGCGAACACGCGUGUUGCUUUACGCACAGGAUGGGCCCGUUUCUGUACGUGUUCCUGUUAAAGAGCGGAAUCCAGGUUUGACCAAAAAUGACUGACAUUACCAAAGUUAAUAUUGUUGACCUGUGCAUGCCAUUAGUGGCUGGUUCUUUAGGCAGUUUUGAACAGCCCUUGUGAUGUAGCUCUUGAAAACAUGGUUUCGUGUGUCCACGGGAAAUCUUAGGCCUCUGUAUGUGAUACUUCAGCUUGUAGAGACUUAAUUCUUGCAUACCAAGCUAAUACAGCAUCAAGCUUGACUUCUUUGGACAAAGCCACUUGCAACUAGUUAAACAGUAACUGGUUUUCUGAUUUUUAUUGUUAUUUUUUUUACAGUUCCCUUAUAGGGAGUAGGGGAGGGUUGUGUGGUAGAUCUUUGGGGUGUGCUCUUCGCUUGUAUUGCAUUCCAUCCUCUGUAUGAACCUUAGAGUAGGACGAACCUUAAUAAACAUACUUCUCUCUCUUUAAAUAUCAGUGUUUCCCUUCUGAAUUAAUAAAGGGCUUUGAAACUUCU